ACUCUGCACCUGCUCACACACACUUCCCAGCUCGAGGAUCAGUACGGAGGAGUGUGAACAUAAAGCUAAGCGUCGUAACUUUUUGACCUCUUAUUUAGCUACCUCCCACUUGUGGCGUGACGUUGUAAGAGGGACGGUGCUUUAAAUAUGGAAAAAGACACGCUUAGCAUGGAGCGGUAGUACUACUUCUGACGCUACCUAUACAGAGACAAGAAUACUACAAACACGAAGUUGAAGGCUCAUUUAAAUAUGUUUGCCUGGGCGGACUAUGGUCCUGCAGCCUUAUGAUUAAAAAAAAAAAUGUUUUAGUAUAGCUUAUUACUCGAAUAACCGUCAGUCAAAUGGGAAAUUAGCCACGCGUUCUCUGUACGCAUAUUUCGAAAUCAAUUUUUGAUCAGUUCUGGCAUUUGUACGUGGGUGGGAAAAAUACCUAAAUAAUAAUAAGUAGCCAGGUGAGUUAGCAAGCAGCUUCGUGUAGGCUACACAAGAGUUUGAAGCGAAGAGAUUAGACAAUUCGGGGCUUUGUUGAGCAAGCACACUGGACGGCGACUCCGCGUUCCUUGGACUUCAGGAGGAAUUGCUUCAGCGAGACAAAAUGAGCAGCGAUAAAAACAAGGUGGAGGACGAGGCGGUGCUGGACCGUGGAGCGUGUUCUGUCAAGCACGUCUGUGACGAGGAGGAGGUAGAAGGUCACCACACUGUAUACGUCGGUGUGCACGUGCCCAAGAGCUACAGGAGGAGAAGACGCCACCGCAGGAAGUCCAGCCACAAGGAGAGGAAAGAGAAAGUGACUGAAAAUGACAAAUCAGAUGGGGAGAAUACCGAUGAUGUCAGCACCAGCAUCCUCAAGCCUCUUGUCUCUUCGGCGGCUGAGCGGAUCCGCUUCAUCCUGGGCGAGGAAGACGAUGGCCCACCGCCCCCACAGCUCUUCACCGAGCUGGACGAGCUGCUGGCUGUGGAUGGGCAGGAGAUGGAGUGGAAGGAGACUGCAAGGUGGAUAAAAUUCGAAGAGAAGGUAGAGAAGGGGGGAGAGCGCUGGAGCAAGCCUCACGUGGCCACGCUGUCCCUGCACAGCCUGUUUGAGCUGAAGACCUGCAUCGAGAGAGGCACCAUCAUGCUGGACUUGGAGGCCUCUACCCUUCCGCAACUGGUUGAGGUCAUCACUGACAGUCAGAUUGAAAACGGUCAGUUGAAGGCUGACCUGAAGGACAAGGUGAUGUACACCUUGCUUCGGAAACAUCGCCACCAGACUAAGAAAUCCAACUUUCGCUCACUGGCGGACAUCGGCAAGACUGUUUCCAGUGCAAGUAGGCUGUUUUCCAACCAGGAUAAUGCACGUAGCCCGCUCGAAAGCUCUGUGCCUUGUCUAACAAUCCGCGACACUGAAGCGCAGCUGCAAAUGCAGAGGAGUUCCAGCAUGGAAUGGCUUAGCAGCCCAACGACCGCUCGUCGAAAUCUGACUUCAAACAGCUUGAAUGACUUCUCUGACAAGCCUGAAAAGGAUCAGCUGAAGAAUAAGUUCAUGAAGAAGCUGCCUCGUGACGCAGAGGCCUCCAACGUCCUGGUGGGCGAAGUGGACUUCCUGGACAGUCCUUUUGUGGCGUUUGUCCGCCUCCAGCAAGCCGUCAUGCUGGGAGCGUUGACUGAAGUCCCUGUGCCGACCAGGUUCUUGUUUGUCCUGCUUGGACCCAAAGGAAAGGCAAAGUCCUACCAUGAAAUAGGACGAGCGAUUGCCACCCUCAUGUCUGAUGAAGUUUUCCAUGACAUUGCAUACAAGGCUAAGAAUAGGCAGGACCUACUUGCUGGCAUAGAUGAGUUUUUGGAUGAGGUCAUUGUCCUGCCCCCUGGAGAAUGGGACCCAGAAAUUCGGAUAGAGCCUCCGAAGUCCCUGCCUUCCCCGGACAAAAGGAAGAACAUGUACGCUGGGGGCGAAGGCGUCCAGAUGAAUGGGGACGCGCCCCAAGACGGGGGCCACGGAGGAGGGGGAGGCGGCCACCACGUCGGCGAGGAGCUACAGCGGACUGGGAGGUUCUGUGGAGGCCUCAUUCUGGACAUCAAAAGAAAAGCCCCUUUUUUCUGCAGUGACUUCUUGGACGCACUACACAUUCAGUCUCUGUCAACGAUUUUGUUCAUUUAUCUUGGGACGGUCACCAACGCCAUCACGUUCGGGGGUCUGCUCGGCGAUGCAACGGAGAACAUGCAGGGCGUGCUGGAGAGCUUCCUGGGCACCGCCAUCACCGGGGCGGUCUUUUGCCUGCUGGCGGGCCAGCCCCUCACCAUCCUCAGCAGCACGGGACCCGUGCUCGUCUUCGAGAGGCUGCUCUUUCAUUUCAGCAAGGACAACAGCUUUGACUACUUGGAGUUCAGGCUGUGGAUCGGCCUCUGGUCGGCCUUCUUCUGCCUGGUUCUGGUCGCUACGGACGCCAGCUUCCUGGUCCAGUACUUCACCCGCUUCACCGAAGAGGGCUUCUCUGCCCUCAUCAGCUUCAUCUUCAUCUACGACGCCUUCAAGAAGAUGAUCAAUCUGGCCCAGAAAAACCCCAUCAACCCUGACUUUCGCCUGGACUACGUGACGCAGUACAGCUGCCGCUGCACGCCUCCCCCAUUCGGAAAUGACUCUGGACUCGAGAGCAGUUCAUUCGACGGGUCCAACUGGAUGACAAACUCUACGGAUCUGCCCAUGAACGCCACCUGGUCGUCACUGACAGUGUCACAGUGUGAACAGUAUGGAGGGAAACUGGUAGGGGAGGCCUGUGGCUACGUCCCUGACAUCACGCUGACCUCCUUCAUCCUGUUCCUGGGCACCUACGCCUGCUCCAUGUGUCUGAAGAAGUUCAAGACCAGCCGCUUCUUCCCCACCACCGUGAGGAAACUGAUCAGUGAUUUUGCUAUUAUCUUGGCCAUUUUGAUUUUCUGUGGUGUGGAUGCACUGGUGGGAGUGAACACACCUAAGCUUCUUGUGCCAAGUGAAUUCAAGCCAACAAGCCCACUCAGGGGCUGGUUUGUCCCCCCGUUUGGAGGUAACCCCUGGUGGGUGUACCUGGCCUCUGCUCUCCCCGCUCUGCUCGUGACCAUCCUGGUCUUCAUGGACCAGCAGAUCACGGCUGUCAUCGUCAACAGGAAGGAACACAAGCUCAAGAAAGGUGCUGGCUACCACCUGGACCUGUUCUGGGUUGCCGUUCUCAUGGUCAUCUGCUCCUUCAUGGGCUUGCCCUGGUAUGUGGCCGCCACCGUCAUCUCCAUCGCCCACAUCGAUGGUUUGAAGAUGGAAACGGAAACGUCGGCUCCUGGGGAGCAGCCCAAGUUUUUAGGAGUGAGGGAGCAAAGGGUCACUGGUAUCGUCGUCUUUCUUCUCACUGGAUUAUCCGUUUUCAUGGCUCCAGUUCUCAAGUUCAUUCCUAUGCCUGUACUGUAUGGAGUUUUUCUCUACAUGGGUGUGGCCUCUCUAAAUGGUGUGCAGUUUAUGGACCGUCUCAAGCUGCUCCUCAUGCCGCCCAAGCACCAGCCGGACCUGAUCUACCUGCGUCACGUUCCCCUGCGCAGGGUCCACCUCUUCACCUUCAUCCAGGUGCUCUGCCUGGCCCUCCUCUGGAUCCUCAAGUCCACUGUGGCUGCCAUCAUCUUCCCCGUCAUGAUCUUAGCCCUGGUGGUGGUGAGGAAGGCAAUGGAUUACCUAUUCUCCCAGGAUGACCUCGGCUACCUGGAUGAUGUCAUUCCUGAGAAGGACAAGAAGAAGAAGGAGGAUGAGAAGAAAAAGAAGAAGAAAGGAAGCAUAGACAGUGAAAAUGAUUAUUCGGACUUUCCCUACCACGAAAACGUUCCCAGUAUUAAAAUCCCCAUGGACAUGAUGGAGCAGGAGCCCUUCUUAGGUGGUAAAACCUCAGCCCAGGAUAAGCCGCCAUCUUACUUCAACCAGCAUUCUUCCUGCUGAGCAGCCAAACGGUUUCCAGGCUGGCACUGUGAUCAGUCUUGAGACAUCCAUUGAAAGCUGUGCCUCAGAUUAGGAUGGACAUGGAACAGGAAGGUGGAUUUUUCAGAGAAGCAGAGAGGUCCCACACAUCUUUCUCUCCUGUCCUACUGAACUGGAUAACACUUGCACAACCACAA